AUGCCCGCAUUCAAAGAAAUGACUCCCGAAGAAUUCAAAUCCUUCAUCGACAAAAUCUUCACCGGCAACCCAGCCGACGCACGGUCAGACUGCGAAUCAACCAUAACCCCCGACUACAUCCGGUUCAUGGCGGGGGGCGACGAAACCAACUUCGAGCGCGCCGUGGAGAAAGUCGCCUUUUUCCGCGCGAACUGUCAUACUUGGGAGUCGGAUAUUGUCUUCUUUAUGCAGGAGGAGAAUAGGGUUGCGGCGAGGUUGCUGUGUACACUUGGGAUGGCGGGCCAGGAGGCUAAGAGGGUGGAGUUGAUGUUUAUGGCGGAGGUUAAUGGGGAGGGAUUGUUUGAGAAGGUUUGGGAGCAGGCUGCUGAUUGGGUUGGAGAGUGA